AUGGGAGUCUCAUUCUCGCGCUACUUGUGUCUAUCUGUGGGCAUGACAUAUCCUGCAUAUGCGUCUUUCAAAGCAUUGGAAAGGCCUGAAAGUGGGCACGAUAAGAAUUACUGGCUAACUUACUGGAUCGUGUACGGAGCCUUAACGUCCAUUGAGACGGUGAUGUCGCCACUUACGUGCAUCGUGCCCGGAUACAAUAUUAGUAAGACACUCUUUCUUUUCUGGAUGAUGUUGCCGCAGACGAAGGGAGCGACGAUUGUGUAUGAUAAGCUAUUAUGCCCUUAUUUAAAAAAGAAGGAGCCAUAUGUGGAUCGCAAGUUGGAGGGGAUACAAGAGGCGGCCGAAAGCGCACUAUCCUAUUUUUUGCGAGCCUGGGGUCAGACAAUAGCUGAUCAAAUCGUGGCAAUUCAGAAAAGCAACGAAUUUAAGCAGAUAUGUAUGGCGAUCAAAGCGUGGGCAUCACCUAGUUUGCCGAAGAAGAGGAAGAAGCGUAGCAGUGAUUAUGAAAGUCAAAGCAAGCAGUCAGCAAGUGAAGAAUGA